CCCUGCAUUCCCUUCCGACCAGGAGAAAUCUAAGGAACCGAACUCGCCAAACCCAUCAAACAUGCCCUCAAACAAACCAUCUUCCAUCUUCCCUUUACAUCACAAACAAACAACACCAUUAAAACCUUCAAGCAGUACCAAUACCACAAACCAAGCAUGCGCAGCAUGCAAAUACCAACGCAGGAAAUGCGCUCCCGAUUGUCUUCUCGCUCCUUAUUUCCCUCACGACCGUCACCGACAAUUCCUCAACGCGCAUAAGCUCUUUGGUGUCAGCAACAUCACCAAGAUCAUCAAAGACCUUAGCCCUCCUGAGAAAGACGCGGCUAUGCAUACAAUCAUGUUUCAGUCCGAUGCUCGUGCCAAUGAUCCCAUCGAAGGUUGCUAUAGCAUCAUAAGAAGGCUUCAGUACGAGAUCGAAUAUAAUAAGAAUGAAUUGGACAUGGUUCUUCAUCAAUUGGCUGUGUUUCGUGACCGUGCUCAUAAUCAUUAUCAUCAAGAGCCGCAUAUGCAGAUGCAAGAACCUGAGGAUCUCUCGAGUUCUUGUGAUCUAAACAACAAUAACUCGAUUCCUUACAGUUACCCGCUUCAUCAUGUCCAAGAACCAAACCAACAACAACAAUAUUCUUCUUCGGGAAACUUCAAUGGGUUACAAGAAGACAUGUGGUGUCUUCAACUUCAAGAUUCAUCAACGACAGUGAAUAUGAAGGGUGGCUUCAUUGAUGAAUGUGGGGGCGUUAAUAAGCCUGUAGAAGACGCUUCUAACGAGUUCGAGCAUCAUGAUGGUUUUGUUGACGACAGUAAACUCGACUUGCCUUCAACACAAUUCAUUGUUUCUUCUUAGCUUUUAUUUUCCUGAUUUAAGAAUCAUUUAUAUAACAAAUAAUCCUCUCAAUAGAUCGAUCUCAAUAGAUUUUUUUCAACUUUAUUUCUUUUUCUUUUGUAUCUCAUUUGGUUAAAUUCAUUAUAGGAUUAGAUGUGAAGGAGACAUGGAAUUUUCGAAGAUAUAUGUCACACAAGAAUUUGAUGGAAUAAAAAUUUAGUCGA